CCACCCAACGGCACCAGCAACUGAAAAAAACAGAUCCGAAGUUUCAAAGCUCUGAAAUUCGGAAAAGAAAAAAAAUAAAAUCAGAAACCCUAACCCUACUUCUCUCCAGAGAUCUGCUCGAAUCCGCGACAAGAUGGUGCUGUUUUCGGCCGCACGCGACUACGUCGGGCGGAUGCUGCAGGAUAUCUCCGGCAUGAAGGUCCUCAUCCUCGAUUCCCAGACGGUUAGCAUUGUUAGUGUUGUAUAUUCUCAGUCACAACUACUUCAGAAGGAGGUGUUUUUGGUUGAACUGGUGGAUUCCCUGUCAAAUGAAUCCAUGGCACACCUCAAAGCAGUUUACUUUCUCCGCCCAACAUUGGAGAAUAUCCAACAUUUGCGACGCCAAAUAGCUAGUCCAAGAUUUGGAGAGUAUCACCUGUUUUUCUCUAACAUCUUGAAGACCACUCAAAUUCAAAUUCUGGCUGAUUCAGAUGAACAGGAAGUUGUCCAGCAGGUUCAGGAGUUCUAUGCAGAUUUUGUUGCCGUUGAUCCUUACCACUUCACUUUCAAUAUUAAUUCAAAUCACCUGUACAUGCUCCCAGCUAUGGUGGAUCCUUCAAGUUCACAGAAUUUUUGUGACCGAGUAGUUGAUGGUAUUGCAGCGGUUUUCUUAGCAAUGAAACGUCGACCCGUUAUUCGAUAUCAACGGACCUCUGAUAUUGCAAAAAGGAUAGCGCAGGAAGCUGCGAAGCUUAUGUAUGAGCAAGAAAGCGGUCUUUUUGAUUUCAGAAGAACAGAAAUUUCCCCAUUGUUGUUAGUAGUUGAUAGGAGGGAUGACCCUGUUACUCCAUUGCUGAAUCAGUGGACAUAUCAGGCAAUGGUCCAUGAGCUGAUAGGUAUUGAAGACAAUAAAGUGAAUUUGAGAAAUAUUGGCAAAGUUCAAAAGGAUCAGCAGGAGGUGGUCCUAUCAUCGGAACAAGAUGCAUUUUUUAAAGAUAACAUGUACAUGAAUUUUGGAGAUCUUGGGACGAAUAUUAAGCAUAUGGUGGAUGAUUUCCAGCAGCUUUCGAAGAAUAACCAGAACAUUCAGACGAUAGAAGACAUGGCCAAAUUUGUCGACAACUACCCUGAGUACCGAAAGAUGCAAGGGAACGUCUCAAAGCAUGUGACAAUGCUUACGGAAAUGAUCAAGAUCGUUGAGGAGCGGAAGCUCAUGACAGUUUCACAAACAGAACAAGAUCUAGCUUGUAAUGGGGGUCAAGCAACGGCCUUUGAGGCUGUCAAGAAGCUUCUAGACGAUGAAAGCAUUUCCGAUAUUGACCGUCUACGUCUAGUAAUGUUGUAUGCUUUGCGCUAUGAGAAGGAAAGCCCAGUUCAGCUGAUGCAGUUUUUCAACAAACUAGCUUCACGAUCUGCAAAGUACAAGCCUGGUCUCGUCCAAUUCCUCUUGAAGCAAGCAGGCAUCGAUAAACGGACUGGUGAUCUGUAUGGCAAUCGUGAUAUCCUGAAUUUUGCUCGUAACAUGGCCCUCCGUGGGCUUAAGGGAGUGGAAAAUGUCUACACCCAGCACCAGCCGCUUCUGUUCCAAACCAUGGAAAGCAUCACAAAGGGGCGGCUCAAAGAUGUGGACUAUCCGUUUGUUGGGAAUCACUUCCAGCAGGGAAGGCCUCAGGAGGUGGUGAUCUUCAUCGUGGGGGGUACAACAUAUGAGGAGGCACGCACCGUGGCCAUACAGAACGACACCAAUUCUGGCACACGUUUCAUUCUCGGUGGUUCUGUGAUUCUCAAUUCUAAAAGGUUCUUACAUGACUUGGAAGAGGCGCAGAGGAUAUGUCGGUCCAGCAAUGCAGUUUGAAUCUAGGACAUUGAUCUCUUCUGAAAGCAGCAUGGGCUUAAAAAUUCAAUGAAGGAGAUCUAACCCAGCAGUCUGGACUUCUCAAACCGCAACACGACUUCCCUGAUAGUGUUCAAGUUGUAAUUGUUCUUCCCUUUUGGUUGGGCAUCUGUUUCAUGGCCCACCCAAAUGUUUGUUGUGCAGGUGAGACAGCGGUGGAGAGAAUGUAUAUUUUUAAGGAGAAUAAUAGUAUGAGUUCCCAUGAAUGUGACUUGUGAGGUGCACAGUUAUCUGGUCGGCCCCACUUUGUAAGAUGUCAUAUACCCCAAGAGUUUUAUGGUC